UGUAGGCUGUAUAUACUGGAAAAGUGUGCUUGAAGAAACCUUGCAUUGUAUAUAUAUAUAUAUAUAUAUAUAUAUAUAUGUAUAUAUAUAUAUCGAUACAGUAUCCAUGGCUUCAUAUGGAAACACAUGAUAAAGUUUAACAUAUCGUGCAUAAAUUAGGCAAAAAUGUACACAUGAGAGAUAAUAUUUAAAGGAAGGUAUGGUGACUAUGAUAAAAAAGAAAUAUAUAUAUAUACAUGUUAUAGAUAUAUAGAAAGAUACUAGAACUAAAGAGGAAACAAAAGAACAUCGCAGUAAGGAAGAAAGGGAAUCGGAAUCGAUAAAAUGGCGGGAAAUUUAGUUUCAGUUUCGUUACGAAAAAUGUUUGUAUGUUUUGCUCUGUUUAUUUUACUCGGAGAUGCUUCAGGAAGAGACACCGGCGGGCCCCAGGAAGCCUGCACGCCCCUGACCGGCUGCCUGGAGGGCUGGGAGGCACCGCGGCCGGAGUGCGUGGACUUCAGGUGCCAGUGUCCCAACGGCACUUGCUCUGUCAUCACCCGGACGGUCGGCAGCGCCCAUUAUAGCUAUUACUGUGGCACUUGCGGCACCAUGGGGUCUGCGUGUGCCAAUUCCUCCGCCGAGUGCCAAGGGGGUGCCAGGUGUAACGGCGGGUAUUGCGUGUGUGACGGAGGAAGUAUCUACAGGGAAGUGUGCGUCAAAGAAGUCCCCGUUCCGACUUCGACCAACAGCCUCGUCCUCAUCCUCGUCCUCGUCUUCCUCCUCAUCCUGAACAAACUCAUCUCCUCACGAGACACCUUGAAGAAAUGCUUUUGUCGCCGCAGAUCCAGUGAAGAAGAGGAGACGACGGUCGUCGGCUUCAACCCACAGAGCUCGGAGAAAUCGGCAGCUUUCACCAUCACCAAUUCGGAAUUCAUGGCUGUGUCCAACGACCCGGACCUGGACUGGGCGCUCGAGCUCUCCCGCCAGCUCUCGAGGCGCGGCGAGGACUGGAUCACCCUCGGCGAGUCCACGUGGUCCUCCAACUGGUCCUCGGGAGCGUCGGGGGUCGACCUCGAGAUGCUGAGGGCGAGGUUGGGGUCGCGCCCGAGGACGAGGGAGGUGGAGGUGGAGGAGGAGGAGGUUCUUGGGGCCACGGCGUCGAGUUCCACAAGGUGGAGUGCGAGUGCCAACGCCACCGCGCCGUCUGCAAGGUCGAGCCUCCAGGCUGAGAGGGGCGCCGAGGUCCUCAAGGUCAUCCUCGGGCCGAAGGGGUCGUACUCUCGGCCUUCCUACUCCGCCGGAGUUCUCCCUUCGCGGACUCGCCUGACCUCUCCGCCCUUGUCCUCGAGACUCAACAACAUAACACAAAUGGGAACUAAUGGAUGGAGCUGUUAUGCUCACGUCGGUCAGUCCGUCACCCGAGAAGACCUUGACUCGAAGGUCAUAUAUCAGGUCACGGACUAA